AGUCUGUGCGGACAUCUCUUCUGCUGGCCGUGUUUGCAUCAGUGGCUGGAAACCAGGCCGAACAGACAGGUGUGUCCCGUUUGUAAGGCCGGCAUCAGUCGAGAUAAAGUGAUCCCGCUGUACGGCAGAGGCAGCACCGGACAACAGGACCCCAGAGAGCGGACUCCUCCGCGACCGCAAGGACAGCGGCCAGAACCAGAGAACCGUGGCGGCUUUCAGGGCUUCGGCUUCGGCGAUGGAGGCUUCCAGAUGUCUUUCGGUAUCGGCGCUUUUCCUUUCGGGAUCUUCGCUACAGCGUUUAAUAUCAAUGACGGACGACCGCCUCCAGCAGCUCCAGGAACCCCUCAGCACGCGGAUGAGCAGUUUCUGUCUCGCCUCUUUCUGUUCGUGGCGCUCCUCAUCAUGUUCUGGCUGCUGAUUGCUUAAACGCUGAAGAACUGUGUGAUCGUGUCGCAGGACUACCGGCUAACUAACCCUACAGUAGUGCAGGAUGCAAACAGCUCUUUUUCUGUGAAAGAGAUGCAGCGCUUGCGUUGUGAGUGAUCCUGUGACAUGCAUAAUGUUCGGUUUCUUCCCAGAAAUGAUUUUAAAUAAAUGCCAGAGUCUUAUUUCUCUAUUAUUGAUGCCAAAUGAAGCCACUCGCUGUAGUAAAGCUAGUAAAAACAUAAUACGAAUGUUCUUCCUAACAGUAAUCAGCGUUUAAUUUGAGCUUAUUUUAAUAUUUUAUAACUUUGGCUGAAGUAGAGCAUCUGUUCUUUUAAUAAUCAAAAUAAAGUUGUUGUUUUUUUAAAAUAGAGGCUUAAAAAAGCAAAUUAAUUUAAAAGGUCAAUAUCUAUAAUGUAAACUUUUUAGAAUUUGGAAAAUGAUUGGGGAAAGAAAUAUUAUUUGUUGCGUGAGAGGCAUAAGCACAUGUUGACUGUCCACGUGAUGAUUAAAUCUAAUUAUAAACGUGUUUUUGAA